AUGGUCCGGUUUUUUCUAUUUGUUAAAGUUGGUGGGUUUGGUUUCCUCCGUGGGUGUCAGCACGGAUUUAAUUCCCAGCACAAGCGUGGUCUUGUGCUUCAAAAACUGCUCAUGCUUACCCAGGGUUGGACCCUUCCUUUACAAACCCUCGACCAACUGAAAUGGGACCUGGGCUUGCCAUAUGAUUACCAGCACUCAGUCAUUCCACAUCACCCUGACUUAUUCUCUUUCAUCCGCCUACCCGAUGACCGUGUUGGCUUGAAGCUCUUAUCCUGGGAUGAGGACCUUGCUGUCUCCCAAUUGCAAAAGAAUUCUGCUAGACAACAGAAGGAAGAAGAUGCAAGAAGUGGCUGUUUAGCUUUUCCUGUUGGAUUUACGAGGGGUUUUGGAUUGAAGAGAAAAUGCAUGGAGUGGUUGAAGGAGUGGCAGACCCUCCCUUAUACUUCGCCGUACUCUGAUGCCUCUCAUUUAGAUCCUCGUACAGAUGUAUCGGAGAAGAGGAUUGUAGGGGUUUUUCAUGAGCUUCUUCAACUAACUAUACACAAGAAAACUGAGCGUAAGAAUGUGAGCAACCUUCGUAAACCUUUGGCCCUACCCCAGAAGUUCACUAAAGUGUUUGAGCGCCAUCCAGGUAUUUUCUACAUUUCAAAAAAGUGUGCCACUCAAACUGUCAUUCUAAGGGAAGCCUAUGACCAUCAACAACUCUUGCAAAAACACCCCACUGUAGAUUUGAGGGAAAGAUUUGCAAGGCUGUUGAGAAAAGGGCUCCUGGAUAGGAGCAAAGGUUUAUACAAGAAGAGUAAAGGUGAUGGUGUAGAAGUGGAUCCAUAUGUUGAUGAUAUCGGUAAUAACCAAUCCAGUUCCGAAGAGGAGUCAGUUAACAAUUUGUUUUAUGAGUACGACUCUGAUGAACCAGACAAACCUAGGAUUCAUUUGUGAAGAGGGUUGGGUCCAGAGAGGACUAAUAUCUUCUGGACACCAUAUCUUGGAUUAAUCUCAUGAUCAUCAGCGAGCUGAGAAGAUGGGUAGCAGUGGAUUCUAUGGUUUAGUUGAAUGUACAAAGAACGUAAUUGUGCAGUUGAUUCUGAAACCGAAUUAUGAUGAUCACAAUUAGGUUGAUGAGUAAGAGGAUGAGGAUGAGGAUGAGGAUGGUGGUGUAGUUGGUGGAUAAUACCGUUGGUGGAUAAUACCAUUGGUGGGAUUGAAGAUGAGUUUGGUAUUACUGGUAGCGGAUGUGAGUAAAAGUAAAAGGAAGAUCACCGUCAAAUCUUCUAGCCUUAUCCCUGUUUUCAAGGGCCCAACAAACCAGACCUGAGAGACAAAUCCACACUUAAUUAGAAACGAAGAAAUUUGAAUUGAACAAGAAAGUUGUGUGAUCGUUCAAAAUAGUAUUUCUGUGAAGUGGAUAUUGGCCAAGAAGCAACAACAUCACAGUAUAUUUAAGUCCAGAUAUAUCUUAUUUUGUCUAACCGGUGGUCUUCUGCUGUAUUGGUGUAAAGCACCUGCUUCUAAUUUUGAUUUUCCUGGUCGUUACUUCAAGUGCCACCACCAUGUGGAUAUUGAAAUCAAGACAUACCAAUUCAUUAGUGCCUAUAGAGCCUCUAAAGAAAGGAUUUAUGCAUGCACUCAUUACUGCCAUGGCAGAAAAUAAUGUUGAUAACUUAAAUGCUGGGGAAAUAAGUUAUAUAUACACUGGUGAUUUCCACUAUUUUUGUUUCCUGAUAGCUGUUUAUAUUCCAUUUUUAUGCUCCACUGUAUUGAAAAAAGCGCAAAGCUAUCAUUCUUCUUUUCAAGAUUGAGAGAAGGAGUUACUGCUAGAGUAUAAAUAAAUGGUUGAUUAUCAUGCUUCUGUUCUUUAAGUUUUUGAAGAUAUAGAUUGAUAUACUUCAUAUGUAUUCUGCAAAUUCGUAUCCUAUCAAGUGUAGGCUAAAAUCUACUACAUGCCUUGGAAUCAGAAAUUGAGUUUAAUUCAAUGUCAUUGUCCUGCGUGGUGCUGUCGUAAACUCUUCAGAUAGUUGUUAUUCGGACAUUCACCGAUCAGACAGUUUCUUGUCAUUAGACAUUUACUGCAGAAUGCAAAAUUUUGUUCUAGCUUAACGUUAGAUUUGGACAAGUGAUUAGACAGUUUCUUGUCAUUUUCGUUUAUUAUCAAUCACAAGGAGAGUACUCUGCAGAACAUGGUAGUUGAUAGUUACACUAAACCGUGUGCUCCCUUUAGGACAGAUGUAUAGUUUCAACCUGGUUUGUCAUAUACCAGCUUUCAGUCAUUCCACAAUUUCACUGAAAUGGGACCCGUUGUCUUCUUGCUCACCAUAAUGCGAAGUUCAUUGGCAAGGUACGAUUUAAAUUGAAAAUUUCUAUUGGUUAUAGUUUAAAUGGCUCUGCUGAUAAGAUGUUUGAUAUAGUGUCUAACUCAGGUUCUGUUCCAGAACAAUGUCAUUUUCAUAAUUUUCCAAGUACAACAUUGCAGAAAGCUAUCUAUUAAUUAUUUUUGUUUGUUAAUUUGUUUCAGACCUGAGGAAACCAUAGGAAUCUGUUUCAGUUGUGGUAUAAUUACAAACUAGGUGUAGAAGGCCAUGUAAGAGGUUUGCAACUGGUAAUUCAAGAGCGAAAAGUUCUAUUAGAAGUGGAUGGGCCUUCUCAGAACUCAAACAUUGGAUUUUAAUUUUAGAUAGAAGUUGCUUUCACUGAAGCUUUGAUUCUCAUUGCUUUGCUAAGAUAGUGGCAUUCAAGACUGCUGUACGAAAGUCCUAUGCAAGAACUGGGUUUUGUUCACUGUUAUUCUCCCUUUGUUUAUUGCCUGGCUGAACUCCAAAUUCUGCUGUAAAAUGUUAAUAACCUGUUUGAUUU